AUGCACAUAACGCAUUUCCCACACUUUGGCUCAGACUCGCCAGCUGCAAGGGCCACAGAUUUAGAAAAACAGUUGGAGACAGCUGAACUGAACUUACAGAACGCGACCAACGAAAUUCAACACCACAAGGAAAUUUCCAUAGUGAAAUCAACAGAAGUUAGUGACUGCCAGACACAGCUAAGAAGACUUCAGUAUGAGAAGGAAAAGAAUGAAGCAAGACUUGCCAAAGAAUUAAGAGAAAGAGAAGAUUCUCUGGCACAAAUGCAACAAACCAUCAGACAGUUACACGAAGAAAUCAGUGAAAAAGAAAGAAGGGAAGAAUGCAUUAAAAGAAAAGAUAAGUUACUGGAGAAUGAGCUGGAAACAAUGAAGGAAGUUCUUAACCAGACACAAGAAGAAACUGUCACUUUAAAACAGGAAAGAGAGCUGACAAUUGUUUCAUAUCAGAACACAUUUGAGCAGCUGCAAGAAGCCCUCAGACAGAAGAUGCAGAGUGAAGAUGGCUGGAAGGCAAAGUUAGAAGCUGAGUUGGAAAAUGAACGUCAUAAAUACUUGUUGAGACUUGAGGAAAGAGAAAAUAAGUUGAAGGAAGAAACAAACAUUGAACUAGAUAUUGAAAGGCAAAAGCAUGAAGAACUAAUAAGGAAAUUCCAAAAGCAGCAAGUGGAACUGGAUGAGAAGAUCCCUAUGCUGAUCGCCAAGGCCCGUGAAGAGCUACAAACAGAGAUACGUAUUUUGGAGAAGAAGUUACUAGAGACUCAAGCAAGACUUACAGACAAAGACUUAGCAAAGGAGUCAGAAAUAAGAAAUCUCAAAAAGAUAAUUUCUGAUUUGGAAUCUCGUCUUAAAAAAGAGCAAUGCAAAAAUAACUCCGUUUUGGAAGAAACAAGGAAAGACGCGUUUGCAAAGUCAGAGGAACGAAAGGAGUUAACGCAACAAAUAGCUGGGCUAAGACAUCAGCUUGACCAGGCUAAUCAGGAAAAUGAAUUGCUUAAGGAAACCGUACGUAUGGAGUGUGAAGAACGCUAUGAGCUGACUGAAGCCUUAACACAAGCAAAAGAGCAACUGCUGGAACAAAAGCGACUCAGUGGAAAUUUUCCAUCACCACAAAGAUCAUUUAUUUCAGACAGAUCAAUGUCUUCACAGGCAGUGACCAAUGCAGGUCAGAAAAGCAUUAUGAGUCUUUCUUCUAGUAAAGAAUCAAAAAUAACAGGUGUUCCUGGAAAUUCUGGAUCUGUUUUCACCUCCCAAUGCAGAAAGAGCAGUAGCACUAGUUUGCCUGCAUUGCUUUCCCAGCAACCAUCAAACUUACGAAACAGGACAUCUUCAGUCAGUGAUGCAAAGAAAAAAAUUACUGCGGUUCUGCGAAGCCAUUUAACCCAACCUUGACAUGUAAAACUGAUGUUUGUAGUUUUCACUGAUUUUCUAUGAAUAUUUUUGUAAUGUUAUAUUUGCUACACAGUCCGGGAGUUCAAAAAG